GAAUAGCACCGCACAGACUUGAAUGCUUUUGCUGUUUUGGCGAAGGCUGAAGUUUUACAGUCUUUAUUCCACAUCUUAAAUUUUCUCAAGUUUCAAUUGGAGUAGCUGAGAUCACUGAAAAUGAGGUGGCUGCUGGUCUUGGUGAUGUGUUCGACAUUACUUGGAGUUCUUCAGAGCAUCCCCAGGACAAAUCAGGAAGGCCUGUCCAAGGACACUCUUAAAAAGUUGUCGAAAGACGGGCAGAAAUAUGUGGAUGAGGAGAUGAAGAAGGCUCUGUUUGGGGUGAAGCAGAUGAAGGACAUCAUGGAGAUGAAUGAGGAGAAGCACGAGCACCUGAUGUCCUCACUGAGGCACAGCAGUGAGAAGAAAAAGGGGGCAGUGCAGCUUGCCAAGGAGGUAGAGCAGCAGCUGGGGGUGGCAGAGCAGCACUGCCAAGCCUCCUUAAGGUCUGCCUGGGAGGAGUGCAGGCCCUGCCUGGAACAAACCUGCACCUCUUUCUACACUUCCAGGUGUCGCAGGGGCUUCUCCACAUUCACAGCCAAGGUUGAAGAAUUCUUCAGUAAAAUGUCAUCCCAGUUUAGCUCUCAUGACAACCAGGAUCUUCUUUUUAAGCAGAGCCCAGAAACUUUUGACACCGAAGUGGCCCAGAUUGAGAAUUCUUUUCACCAGCUGCUCUCAGAAGUAAACUCUCUUUAUGAGAAAAGUGUGAUGCUGGUCACCAAGAUGCAAAAGCAGUUUGACCAAGCCCUCCAGGCAGCCUUCACCUCUGACCUGAGAUCAAAAGAACUUGUGGAAAAACCCCUAUAUCCCUCUCAGCAGACCCCUGACUCUGGAUUCUUUGAAGGACUAGGCCUGGAAGAUGUUCUUGAAUCCUUCUUUGAUUUUGGGAGGAAUGUUUUUGAAGAGUUCAGCUCUGUCAUAACUCAGGCCUUUGGUGAUCUUCAGGAAUCAGUUACUGAAGAAACAAACAGAGAGAAAGAAGGAGAGUUGUCCCUGCAGGUACUGCCAUCACAGAGCAGACAGCUGUGCCGGGACCUGCACAGACAGAGCUCUGAGUGUUGGCAGUUUCAGAGCAGGUGCCAGUCAUGCCAGAAGGCCUCACAAGAGUGCCCCAGCGUGACAGAGUUGCACUCUGAGCUGAAUGAAAUCUCCUACCUGGUUAAUGUGUCCAGCCAGCAGUAUGAGGAAGUCCUUCAGAUCCUGCAGCACCACACAGAGGACACUGUGGGCUGGUUGACAAACAUGGCUGCCUACUUCGGCUGGGUGGCCGAAUUGGCAAACAGCACUGUGGAACCUGAGAGCGUUUUCACCAUCACCACGGUGGUGCCACAUCCCCAGGAUGGAGAGAGUAACUUUGAUUCAGACACAACUGUGGAAGUCAACAUUCUCAACUCGCCUACAUUUACCCUAAGUGUUCCCGGAGAUCUGGAAAUACAGGACCCUGACUUUGUCAAAUAUAUUGCACAGGAGGCACUGGGGAUGUACAAACAGCUGGUUAGGCAAGAUGCUGCUUGAAGAGACCUCUAUGGGAAUAUCUUCAUCCUUCUUUAGAAUAUAGAAAUAAUGAACCUUACUUGUGUAUUUUCUCAAUAUUAUCAUGGUACAGUCACUGUAUUGUUCUAAGCUGAUAAUAUCAUGAUAAUUGGAGAGUGUGAAAAAAUGGAGAAGAUAUAUACAAGAAAUGUGUUUAAUGAUAAAUUAUUAAAUACAUGUUGUUUUGUCAUGAUAUGAUAAUAAUAUGUAUAUAAUUUAAAUAUGUAUUGUUGUUUUUCCUAAAAUAAAUUUUCUCCUGUACAAAAA